AGUUCAGCGAUUGCUACUCCGACAGUCCUGAUUUCAGAGAGAGAUUAAAAUGCUACGAAAACGAGCUGGAAAGAACUAGCAAGUUCCUCAAGGAUGUGAUCAAGGACGGGAAUAGUGUGAUCAACACGAUUAAAGAUUAGUCGAAUGAAAUUGAACGGGAAAGUUUAGACAUCAAAAUCUGUUUCAGCUAGUGGAGAUGGAGAAGGAUGCAGCCCCCGCAGACCCCAUUCUGCUCCCUCUUUGCUUGGCUUAUCUCUGAAGUGUUUUGAUUGAGCACAGUUCUGCUCAAGCAUUAUUGUUCCUUUGAGGCAAUGGAGGGGAAGAACUGUCACGGCAAACAAUGCACUUUUAAAUGACUUUGGAUGACAUCUUGUGCUUAAUGAUGAAAAGCUGAACUCAGAAUAGCCUAAUGUAAUGUUUUUGUAAUUAUAGAUAUAGAUUUUACAGUAAUUAUAGUAGUGUAAUUCUGCUUCCCAGUGUUAGUGUUCACUAUCAGUGUUAGCCCAGAUAGCAAACAUACAUCUCUGAGACGUCUGUUUUAGAUCUUUUCAUCUGGAAAGAAUCGCAAUCUAAUAAACAUCUGCUAAACAUCUUAAAAAGAUCAGAUUUACAAACAUUCUAAAUCAUACGCAUCUCAAAGACAUCUGCUGAAUGUCUUAUUGACUUCUGAGACAUACUUAUUGACGUACGGCUUAUGACAUAUUGCAGAUGAGCAAACAAUGUAAAAAAAAACAAAACAAACAUCUUCCAGAUGUAAACACACAUCAAAUAGACAUCUGGGUGAGGUACAUGUGCUAUCAGGCAGAAGAUUUCCUGACUAAGCUCAGUAUUCUUAUAAUUCAAAGGUUAAGUAUGUAUAAAAGAGUUGACGACUUGUCCUCCAUCAGCAAUAAUUUCAUGAUUCAGCUUUAAUUUAUCUCCUAGUUGAAGGCUUCUCAUGCUUCCUUCCUUAAUUUCAAGGGAAGUCAUAAAAGCAUCAGUUUUCUUAAAACACUUGUAGGCUGAGGGAAGAUGAUAGAUUCUAAUUUCACUGACCACAAAUCUGCUCUAUACCUCAAGAGUGCAAUACUGCAAAAGUAGAAUGCUGAGCCAUUAUACAGCAGAUUUCUUUAUGAAACUGUGUAGAUCAUGUGUACAGACUGUCUGUAAUUUGAUGACUGCAGUCUGUGCUCAGAUGCAAACAUUGUCUUGGAAAAAGUCAUCAGCAGCUUAGUCAAUGUGACGAGGAGGGCAUGGCCGGGCCGUAAGUAUGGACGCCUAGCGCUGAAUUACCCCAAGGUGUCCAGUGCCAUUGCCCGGUGUCGCUGAGGACCGCUGUGCUGCUGGCUGAGGACCGACUGGUGGCGUGAACGGGGACUAGCCUGUUUUUUUUCUCUCUCUCUCUUUUCUUUUCUCUGUCUCUCUCUCUCUCUCUCUCUCUCUCUCUCUCUCUCUCUCUCUCUCCUCUCUCUCUCGAUCUCUCCCGCUCUCUCUCUCUCCCCUCUCCCUCCCCUCGUCCUCCUCAUGUUCCCAGAAGGUGGGGAAGACCAUCCGGAAGCGGGACGGCCGGAAGAGCAAUAACUCCCCUCCAGAAAUGGGGGGGGGGGGGAGUAAAUCAGACCGGAUGGCUGAAUCGGGUGAUGGGGGUACUGUUGGCUUUUCAGCCCAACGCAGAAUGCACGCGAUCAUUGGCUGCAUGCAUCACUCUCUCUCUAACUGCCGUCUCUGGCUCCUCUUUAUCCCUCUCCUGGCUGAUUGGGGUAAUUCAGCGCCAGGUGUCCAACCUUACGGCCCGGCCAUGCCCUCCUCUUCACAGUUAAAUAUGCAGCUAGAUCUGGCAUUGACACCUGAAGGAGUCAAUGGUAAACAGUUGAAUGAAUGCAAUGAGCUCACAAUACAGAAUUUUCAUCACGAAAACUGGUUAUCUUACUGUUCGGCACGUUCUGAAGUCAUAUGACCUGACUUAGUGAUUUUAAAAUGUCUACUUCCUAUGUGUAUGUUGUUAUGCACUUUUUGAGGAAUAUUGUGGGUAUUGGGGGAAAUGAAACUUAAAACACAGGAAGUUGAGAAUUUCCUUUUCUUCAACGAUGAGGAACCUCUUUGAAGAUCUAUUGCUCCUAUUAUGACCAAACAGAGCUUCGUAGCUUUAAGGGAUAGUUUACGCGGAAAUGAAAAUUCUGUUAUCAUGUUCUCACCCUCAUAUUGUUCCAAACCUAUAGUACUUUCUUUCUUUCGUUGAACACAAAAGGAGAUGUUAGGCAGAAUAACAACUAGUCAUAAUUCACUUUCGUUGUAUGGACUUAUGCUCAGGUCUCAACAAUAAGGAGUUUCGGUCCAGUUGAUGAAACUGUCACUUGCCCAUUUGGGCCAGUGCAAUCUUGCAUUUGUUCUAUAUGUGUUUUUAUUUUUGCCUCGCAAACGUACACAUUUGGUGUUCUAUACCAAUGUUGUUGUGAAUUCUGCUAAUUUAAAAUUGUCAUGGUAACAUUUUCUAGCUGGCUAAUAGACAAGGGGUGUUUCUCAAUGCUAAGAAUGCAGAGAACAGACUUGUGUUUUUAUGAAGACCAGUCUUGCCACGCUCCCUUGGAAGAACAAACUCGGAAGGACAUGAAGACGUAGAACGCAUCUAUUGCGAUCUUAGAGAUGUGCUGUGAUCUUCCUGUUGUGCAAUUAACUGUCACAGCACAUUUGUAGCCAGUGAGAGAACUACUGGCAUUAUCACACACCAGUCACAGCAUUAUUAUCAUCAUAACACAAGUGAGGUUUUGCAGAACUAGUCAUAAAAUCUGCUGCUAAAACUUGUUUCCUCCAUGUGUUUAUUACUUUGAUUAAAAUCAUGCCCAACAAAAUAACAAAAGUUGACAGAGUAUAACGACUCUCAUGAGCUGACAGACUUCUGCGAGCUUACAGUGGGAAAGCACAACGAUAAAAUUCCUUCGUCUGUCACCAUAUUACCAGUUUCUACCCACAAGUCACAAUCCGAUGGAGCCUUCGGCCUGUAAACAUCUUGGUAAUUUUAUGUAUUCUUGGUACAUGCAUUCUUAAGUAUUGGAAUUGAACUUCGGUGAUGAAUGAUGACAUUGAACAAGUCCUCGAGAGUGUAAGAACACAAAAGUACGCACAUUAAGAAACAGUUUUCAGAAAAAGUUUUUUUUUUUCAAAGUUAUGAGAAUGACUUGUGAUAGUCUUAGAAGCAUCUCUACGAAUGGACUAAAAUGAUAUACCAAUUAUUCAUAUUUUGUAACAAAUGAAAAAUUUUAAUUUUUUUUGUGUGUUUAUGAUAUAGCUUUCAUGAAGUUACAUUAUAGCUGUAUAAUUUUCAGUUAUUACUGCAAAUGAAAAAUCUUUACAUGGCAAACAUCUAUAUUUUUUUACCAUUUUAUUUUUUCCUAAGGCACAUAUAAAAAUAUAUUUGUAGUGGGGCCAGCACUAAUGUAGGCACUUGGCAGGGCAAGUAAAUAUCUGAACUAUUGGCCCAACCGGGUCAGCAGAAAAAAACCUUACUGUUAACCUUACCAAUACUGUCUAACAUCCCCAUUUGUGGUAUACGGAAGAAAGAAAGUCAUACAGGGUUGGAACAAUAUGAGGGUAUGAUGACACAAUUUUCAUUUUUGGGUGAACUAUCCCUUGACACAAAUGUGUUGCCCAAUACAGAAAGUGAGCUUGUUGUUGAGGCUGCUAUAAUUACAGACAGAGGAUACUUUAAUUCCACAGUUGUGUUUUAUAUAUUCUGUAAGAUCCACAGAUCACAACACGUUUUUCUUUCUUCCCUGUAUUCAAACAAUUAUAUUCUGUCAUGUGUUCACUCAGAGUGCACUGACUGGUUCUUCAGCCAAGUCUGGUUCUCUUGUACUAGGAUGUGGCUCUGGGCUUCAGCUGUGGUUAGUAGAUUAUAACCUGCAUGCUGUGACACAUUCAAUCACCUGUUACAUCAGCCCCAUCCAAACAUUGCAAGAGUAACAUGACUCCGUCACCAUCUUAAAGUGUUCUAUGUGUGUUUGUGAGAGGGCCAAACAGGGCGGGUUAUGUGGUCUGGUUUGGAGAGUGUAGUCUGUAUUGCCAGCUCCUCAUGCUUUAGACAAACCCACUCUUUGUGCCUUUUGCAUCAGAAGGGAUACAAUCAUUUAAGCCUUCUCCUCCGUUAGCAAAGCUUACUUCACAGAGCCAGCAGGCCAACAGCACAGAGCACAGUCAGAGAGUUAGAGAUAGAAAAAUGGCUGUCCUUCUCACAUGGCUUUUGUUCAGGAAAGGAGCUUAAAGUCAGGUUUAGACACUUUUGCGGUAACUAAAUAGACUUUUUUCUUUUUGGCCCUCAUGUUAAGCUCUAAAAAUUCAUCAGAAGUCCAAAUGUUGUGAGAAUGUUUAUAUUUAGAAUAUUAGCAUGUAGUAGCCUAAUAUUAAAGGAUCUGGGAUAAUAACAUAAAGGUAGUGGUUGAACAAUAUGGGUUUGUCCUUGACCAAUGCCGAUAUUAAUAUAAACUCUGCAAAAAAAGAAACAUCCUCUCACCUUCAACUGCUUUUAUUUUCAGCAAACUUAACAUGUGUAAAUAUUUGUAUGAACAUAAAAAGAUUCAACAACUAAGACAUAAACUGAACAAGUUUCACAGACAUGUGACUAACAGAAAUGGAAUAGUGUAUCCCUGAACAAAAAUCAAAAGUAACAGUCAGUAUCUGGUGUGGCCACCAGCUUCAUUAAGUACUCAGUGCAUCUCCUCCUCAUGGACUGCACCAGAUUUGCCAGUUCUUGCUGUGAGAUGUUACCCCACUCUUCCACCAAGGCACUUGCAAGUUCCCGGACAUUUCUGGGGGGAAUGACCCUAGCCCUCACCCUCCGAUCCAACAGGUCCCAGACGUGCUCAGUGGGAUUGAGAUCCGGGCUCUUCACGCACAGAACUUUUGCCAGUCCUGUCUGGUCCAGCGAAGGUGGGUUUGUGCCCAUAGGUGACGUUGCUGCCGGUCAUGUCUGGUAAGGACCUGCCUUACAACAGGCCUACAAGCCCUUAGUCCAGCCCCUCUCAGCCUAUUGCGGACAGUUUGAGCACUGUUGGAGGGAUUGUGCAUUCCUGGUGUAACUCAGGCAUUUGUUGUUGCCAUCCUAUACCUGUCCCGCAGGUGUGAUAUUCGGAUGUACCGAUCCUGUGCAGGUGUUGUUACACAUGGUCUGCCACUGCAAGGAUGAUCAGCUGUCCUUCCUGUCUCCCUGUAGUGCUGUCUUAGGUGUCUCACAGUACGGACAUUGCAAUUUAUUGCCCUGGCCACAUCUGCAGUCCUCAUGCCUCCAUGCAGCAUGCCUAAGGCACAUUCACGCAGAUGAGCAGGGACCCUGGGCAUUUUUCUUUUGGUGUUUUUCAGAGUUAGUAGAAAGGUCUCUUUAGUGUCCUAAGUUUUUAUAACUGUGGCCUUAAUUGUCUACCAUCUGUAAGCUGUUAGUUUAUAUUAAUGCUCAUUAUAUAUACACAUAUAAUAAUAAUACAUUCUUACACUUUUUUUUUUACAAUUAUUACACUUUUUUUAAAAUAAUAAUUUAACCAGCAAAUUGCUAGUAAAAAUCCUAAAGGGAGAUAAGCUUUUUUUUUUGGUUGGGGUUAUUGGUUUUCUAGAAUAAAAAAUAAAUCAUAUUUUCAAAUGUCAUUGGAAACAAAUACAAACAUCAUGAACAUAAAUGUUACAAGGCAAACUUACUUAUCUAUCUAUUCUACACAACAAACAGCAGCCUUUGCUGCCAUAUAGCUGCCUGUCUAUGAGAUAGUGAACUGUUUAUAACUAAAAUACAAAGGAUCUGGACCAAUAAUUGAGGAGAAUCAAUUAAAAGGUAAAACGGGCAAUUAUCACAAAUAUUAAACCAGUGAAAUACCACACCUCUUUAGUAACAAGAACAAAGAAAGAAGGAAAUCGCAGUGUGUAUUGUCUACACUUUGUAAUUUCUUGUUCCAGUGUUGCUCCAUGGAGAACGUCCCAGCAAUUACUGUACUGUAAAUGCUUUGGAUGACAAAUGUGUGAUAAAUGACAAGUAACCGAGAAGGACACUCAGAGCCUUACACAGUGGCCUGUCUUGCAGUGUGUGUGUCUGUUUUGGCAGUGAAUCUGUGUAGAGUUUAAAACAUUAUUUCAUCCUCGCUGAGCUUAACAACAUCUGAUUUCACUUAGUAAUAAAGCUGCUUUUCUAGGGGGUGCCUGGGUAGCUCAGUGAGCAUUGAUGCUGACUACCACCCCUGGAGUCGCAAGUUCGAAUCCAGGAUGUGCUGAGUGACUCCAGCCAUGUCUCCUAAGUAACCAAAUUGGCCCGGGUUGCUAGGGAGGGUAGAGUCACAUGGGGUAACCUCCUCGUGGUUGCGAAUAGUGGUUCUCGCUCUCAAUGGGGCACGUGGUAAGUUGUGCGUGGAUCCACUCUACAUGUGGGGAGUCUCCGCGGUGUCAUGCACAACGAGCCACGUGACUUUGACUGUCUCAGAAGCGGAGUCAACUGAGACUUGUCCUCCACCACCUGGAGUGAGAUUACUCGCUGGCAGUGCAGAAGUUCUCUCAGACCCUUCAGUCGUUCCAUUUUGAUUUCAUCGGUGACACUCUGACUGACGAUGAGAUGAACAUCGCUGAGUCAUUUCGAGAGUUUGCUGGUCUGCUGCAAGACGUGGAAGAGGGCCGGAUGAUGCUGGUCCAGAAUGCCUGUGACUUGCUCAUUAAACCUUUGGAAAAGUUUAGAAAAGAACAGAUUGGAGUCACAAAGGAGAGACGCAAAAAGUUUGAGAAGGAAAGUGAGAAGUAUUACUCUCAGUUGGACAAACAUGUGAACCUGUCUUCUAAGAAAAAGGACACACAGCUACAGGAGGCCGAUGAACAAUUAGAUAAGGAGCGUCAGGCAUUUUACGAGUCAUCUGUUGAGUAUGUGUACCAGAUCCAGCAAGUUCAAGACAGGAAGAAGUUUGAUGUUGUGGAGCCUGUCUUGGCGUUUCUGCAGAGCAUCUUAACUCUGAAUAAUCUGACAGUGGAGAUGACACAGGACUUUCUUCCUUACAAGCAGGAGCUUCAGCUCAGCCUACAGAAUACCCGUAAUCACUUUGAGAGUACCAGAGAGGAGAUGGAAGAGCUAAUGAAGAGGAUGAAACAAUCGUCAAAGAUUUGUAUUAGACACGGCCAACAACCGACCAUGGAGGGAUACCUCUAUGUACAGGAGAAAUGGGCUCUGGGUGUAACCUGGGUGAAGUAUUAUUGUAAAUACUUCAAGGACAACAAGUUAUUUAUCAUGGUGCCAAUGGAGCAAAAAACAGGGACCAAACAGACCACAACUCAACUCACCCUGAAGUCCUGCAUUCGCCGUAAAACUGACUCCAUUGAUAAACGCUUUUGUUUUGACAUUGAGUCAAAUGAAAGAUACAGCCCUGUCUUGCUCCAAGCUAUUUCUGAGGCUAACCGGAAGCAGUGGAUGGAGGCCAUGGAUGGGAAAGAACCAAUUUAUCAUUCUCCAAUUCAAAAGCAGGCAGAGAUGGAGCUGAAUGACCUGGGCUUCAAAUUUGUCAGAAAAUGCAUCAACUUUGUGGAAACAAAAGGUCUGACUCAGGAAGGGGUCUACAGGACGGUCGGCAGCAACAUUCAAGUACAGAAACUUCUGAAUACCUUCUUUGAUCCAAAGUGUCCAGGUGAUGUAGAUUUCAGUUGUAAUGAUUUGGACAUUAAGACCAUCACUAGUGCCUUGAAAUUUUAUCUACGGAGUCUAAGUGAACCGCUUAUGACCUACAGUCUGCACAGGGAACUGAUCUUAGCAGCAAAGUCUGAGAAUCUGGAUUAUCGAUUAGGGGCGGUCCACUCUCUUGUUUACAAACUUCCAGAGCGGAAUAGAGAGAUGCUGGAACUGCUAAUCAAACACCUGGUCAGUGUGUGCAGCCAAAGCAGUGAAAAUCUGAUGACGGUGUCAAAUAUGGGUGUAAUAUUUGGCCCCACUCUCAUGAGAGCAGAAGAGGAGACAGUAGCGGCCAUGUUGGAUAUAAAGUUCCAGAAUAUCGUCAUGGAGAUCCUCAUCGAGGGCUACAGCAAGAUCUUCAAGGGUCCUCCAGAAGAAACCACACCACCUCCUAUCCCGCCUCCAAGGGUUGCGCCACGGAGACGGCAGCCAAUCACAAUCUCAAAACGCCCACCCCGUCUUUACCCCACACUUCAGCCUCCAGCAUUUGAGAGGCGAGAGCAAAACGGUGCCACCCACAACGAUGGGGAACCCAAGGGAGAUGUCAGCAUCACCAGUCCGGUUCCACAUCAAAGAACGAAAUUGGCACCUCCUUCCGUCUCUCCUCCAUCAGUCCCUCUCUCCUCACCGACAUCUUGGAGGCCAGGUCUCCCCAAACCUGCUUCCCGCCCCUUGGAUAGUGAUGUUGCCAAGCUAGAAGUUAGGAUACAGGAUAGUCAAAGGUCAGAUGCCAUGGUGACAACCAAUGGGGAAUCAGGAGCAACAGUGAACCGAGCUCAGUCUUUCCAGGGGAGGAGGCCACAGCCCAAAGUGAUAAGCGGAGAGGGCCAGAGGCUAAAAGGACAAUCUUUCUCGGAGAAGAGUUCCAUCUGCCGGCCUCCCACUCGACCACCAGACCCACCCUCCCGCUGCCCUGUUAAAACUCAAACUGAAGACACACCAGCAUCAUAUGUUGCCUCCAAAACUAAAUUUUUUGAGAAUGCUUCCAAACAGAUAGGGAGCUCCUGUCCAAUUUCUUCUUCUAAUGCCUCACAUGCUGCUUCUAAAGAUGAGAACACUAAAUAAGAUAUCACCACUACAACUGACUUGUGGACCAAUUAACACACAGCAGCGGUCAAUAGACUGUGUGCGUGUAGCACAGGCCUGAGUCUGGACCUGGUAUUUGGAGAUAAAUGAUAAAUGUUACUGACAGAGAGCCACAGCACAACCCCUCCCCAAGUUUUAUUUUUGUGAAUUAAUAAAAAAAAAUGGUUCUGUU